CAAUUAAUAUGCUAAUGAGCUGAUAAAUAUUUAUAGGGGUUUAAAUUAUGCAGAAAGCUUUCAGAGCCCGGUGUGAAAUGCGUCGCUCGCAGGACUUCAAAGCCUUGCAUUGCUAACGAGGCAGAGGCAGAUUUGCAUACGACUUUAAUCAGCUGAAUACUGAUUAUGCUUCAUUAUAGAGUUUGGGGAGGGGGUGUAGAGAUGGAGGAGGCCGCCAGCUGCACUUGUCAUUUGUUUCAUUCCAGCAAGAGAGAGAGAGAGGGUGAACUUUUUCAGAAGUACUGACAAUCUUGGCACGCUAGAGAGAGAGAGAGCAAGAGAGGGAGAGUGAGAGCAAAGUAGGCACUGUAAAAGAGAGAGGGGCAGAGCUAUAAGAAAAGAAAAAGAGAAAGAGCACAGAGUGAGACAAGGAGAGCUGUUUGCCUAAACCCUGUUGGCUUUCCCAGUGUGCGUAUCCCAGUGUUGUUCAGUGAACCGUGCGGUGGACAGUGCCACUGUGUCUGUGUGUAGCUCUGGUUGUAUUGAACUCUGCUCGCUGACCAGUGGAGAGUGAAGAGAGGGAGGAGUGAGAGGAGGAACAGAGUGCCGGACAGCCUGUCGGCGGGUUUGCCCGGCAGAGGCAGAGACAUUCUGCAACCAUGCUGGAAAACACAGGUGGAGCAAGUGUGGAUGCUAAAGUGAAUAAUCAGUCAGAAACUACUAAAUGUGCAAUGGAAAGUGGUGACGGGAACACCGGAAUCCAAACCAAUGGAUUGGACUUUCAGAGGCAGACGGUGCCAACCACAAGUGCAAUCACUAAUGCACAUGCACAAGCCCUCCUCCAACAGUCUAAAUCGGAAGACUCGAGUGCUCUUCCGACCUCCGUCCAGCAGAGCGUAUUGCCUCAAACCCAGCUAAUGUUGGCCGGGGGACAGAUUGCUGGAUUGACUCUGACCCCAGCACAUCAGCAGCUGUUGAUCCAGCAGGCCCAGGCUCAGCUCCUGGCAGCCGCCGUGCAGCAGUCAGCCAGCCAGCAGAACAGCACCACUGGGGCCAGCAUCUCCGCAUCUGCAGCCACACCCAUCACCCAGCUGCCCUUGUCACAGCCCAUCCAGAUCACCUCUCAGCUACAGCAUCAGAACCUUCUUCCCCAGUUUGUUUUGGUACAGCCUGGCCACCCAAUCGCCACACCACUGCAGUCCGCUCAGUUCAUCAUCUCACCAACACCGCAGGGCCAGCAGGGCAUAUUGCAACCCCCGAGUCUUCUAAAUCAACUACCUCAAAGCCAAGCUAACCUCCUGCCGACUCAACCAAGCAUCAACCUUGCAACACAGCCUGCAACUCCAACCCGCACAACAGCAACCACACCUAUUCUGUCCCUGCCAGUCAGUCAGACUCCACCCAAACGGUUGGACACUCCCACUCUGGAGGAGCCUAGUGACCUGGAAGAGCUGGAGCAGUUCGCCAAGACCUUCAAACAGAGGCGUAUCAAGCUGGGCUUCACACAGGGUGAUGUUGGCCUGGCCAUGGGGAAGCUGUAUGGAAAUGACUUUAGCCAAACUACCAUCUCUCGCUUUGAGGCCUUGAAUUUGAGCUUUAAGAACAUGUGCAAACUCAAGCCACUGCUGGAAAAAUGGUUGAAUGAUGCAGUUUGUGCAGAGAACCUGACAUCUGACCAGGCCUUGUCCAGCCCCAGUGCCCUGGGCUCCCCAGGCAUGGGCAUAGAGGGGAUCAACCGCAGACGCAAGAAGAGGACCAGUAUUGAGACCAACAUCCGAGUGGCCUUAGAAAAGAGCUUUCUGGAGCAGAACCAAAAACCUACCUCUGAAGAGAUCACCAUGAUCGCUGACCAGCUCAACAUGGAGAAGGAGGUUAUCCGGGUCUGGUUCUGCAAUCGCAGGCAGAAGGAGAAGAGGAUUAACCCCCCCAGCAGUGGAAACAGCGGAGGAGGAAACACCCCCAUCAAAACUAUUUUUACACCCAGUAGCCCUUUGGUGGCUAGCACAGCAAGCCUUGUGAGCAGUCCAACUAUUAACACACCCACCACUCUGACUGUAAACCCAGUGAUCCCUCUCACCAGCACCAGCGUAUCCAGUUUGUCUUUCACAGGUACAACAGUCGGAGCCACAAAUACGGCGUCCGUCAUCUCCACUGCACCUGUAGUUACCACAGCAACCAGCUCUCCAUCUCUGAGCCCGUCGCCGACCACCAUUCAGUCAACGACCGUAGAGAGCAAACCUGUCACUCAUGCGCAAACGGUCGUCACCCAGGCACCGUCAUCCAUAGCCACCACUUUAGAGACCGGUCAGGUGAUGGUGGCGACUCCAGGGCUGAGCGCGGCGCUGCAGAGCGCUGCCCAGUUACCCACCAGCGCUAGCUUUGCCGCUAUGGCUGCUGCUGCUGGACUCAACCCUGGCCUGAUGGCGUCCUCGCAGUUCACUCCAGGGGGAGCCCUCCUCAGUCUGACUCCCGGUGGCCUCAGCAGUGCGCUGAGUCCUGCCCUUAUGAGCAACAGUACACUGGCCACCAUUCAAGCUCUCGCAUCUAGUGGCGCGAUCCCCAUCACUUCUCUGGACGGUGGUAACUUGCUGUUCGCUAACACCUCCACCAGUAAUACACCCAACCUUGUGACGCCCCUGUUCCUGAACCCCCAGAACCUGUCGCUGCUCACCAGCAACCCAGUGAGCCUGGUGUCGACCGGGGCGGGGGGGCUGCACGUCACCGCCGAUCAUCAAGCCACCACGGCUGCUGUGCCUGUGCAAGCCUCGACCAUUACCACUGCCUCCAAAGCUCAGUGAAGCCAGUCAGGCUGCUUCACGAAAAAUUACGCCCUAUUUCUUAUAUCGUGCACUACUUGUAUAACACCAUGUAGGCAAUAGGGAGGUCCUUUGAUAUAGGCUAUGUGCUUCACUAACCACCCCUCAUUCUUUACAUUGUAUCUUAUCAUUAUUUAAUCUUUUUGCUGCCACCAAAAAGAAAACAGCCUCAGGUGAGGUUGGGGUUGACAUUUUUGUAUUUUCUUUCUUUCUUUCUUUCUUUCCUUCCUUCCUUUUUUUUUUUUUUUUUUUUAAACUCUUGGAUGUUUUUUCCCCCCACAUACAGUAGCCAGACGGACACUAUCGUUGGCCUGCCGCUCCUCAUGAACCUUGACACAUGUCCAAGGAGAAAAUACCAUGGUACCAUCAAGCUGUUCACUUUGUAUAUAAAGUAUAUCCUCCUAUUUCCAGGUCAGAAUCUUUUUCUGAAAUACUUCUAACCAAAAACUUUAGGAUUUUGCUCUUUUAACAUUCAAACUAAACUGAUUUACUACUAAUUUAACAAUAAUCACAAUCACUAAUGGGGAUUUGUGUGUCACCCCAUCUUUAAUUGUGUUUUUUUUUUGGGGGGGGGGUUCUUUGGACAGGCCUUGAUGUAACCAUAUCAAAGUUAUAUUUUAGAGACUUUUUUUCUUUAUCUUUUCUGUCUAUUAUUUGACAUUUUCAGAACUUUGUAAGUCUAAUAUUAAGUUAAGAUUUAACUAUCAAUUUUUAAUCGUGGUUAUAAGGCUUUAAAAACAAGUAAUAAGUGGCCGAUAUAAAGGUUAUCAUUGCUUUAAGGGUCAGAGGGACCAGACGUGUCUCUCUGAGUCUCUCUUUCUGGAAACACUGAGUUUUACAUUUUGCCUUGGUGGUGAUGGAGCCACUGAGUUUUUGUAAAAUGAAGGUCUAGAUGCAGACUCUAGACACUGAUAGAAAAUGACUGAAAACAUUGCAUUAAGAGCUUUAAGAGCUGCAACAUGCAGUCCUGUGUCUGAUAGAGGGUGGUUUGUUUUGGAUGGUGAUCCAUUGGAAAUGUGUACAUUAUGUUUGGACUCGGCUGUAGAAGGCUGCAUGUGUUGUCUGCGGCUCAGGCAGAUGCUGAGAGUUCAGUAACUGCAUGAUCUAUGAGGCUCUGCGGCUGACUGGUCUGUUUUUUGGGGACGACUAGUCAGGGGACAUUGGCUAGAUGGGGUAAUUGUAUUGUGUUUUUUUUCUGUUUUGGUUUGUUUAUUUUUUGAUAGUAGUACCGUCGUAUCUACUUGUGCACAGUAUCUGUACCAAAAAACUGGAUUGAUGAGCUGCAGUCUGUCUGUUUUGGGAGAAAUGAAAUUCUUUGUCUGCAGUCAUUCGACUGGCUUACGUACUUUAAGAGAUACCAAAAAUAUUUGUUAAAAUAAUUGCUGUUUGUAGUCAGUGUAGCUUAGUCUAGUCAAUAUAUUUAUGAGUACAAAAUCUCUCUUCAUUGUCAACAGAAUAUAGAAAUGCAAUAUUUUGAUGAUCAUUUUCCAAAGAUAACGUUUUUUUUAAUUUGACCUAGCGUCUCAGAGCUCGACUUUUAAUUGGCAGCACAACUGACCAAAAAGAGAGGGAUUAGGGGAUUGGGGCUUGAGAAAGUAUAUUCCUUUCACUCUUUUUGAUUUUUGAUUUUUUUUUUUUUUCUUGUUUAUCACUGGGGCCUCGCCCUGUAUGCCUGAUCCUACUUUUCUGGAAGGUUCUCUCUCAGCCAUUUGAUGGCCUCUCUUCCUUUUCAGUUUUUGUUUUUUGGCCAUUUUGGUUGUAGUCUUAAACUUUUCUGAAACGCGAUGGAAAGGUUCUCUUUUUGGUUUCGUACUAAUAUUCAGCCAUAAAACAACAGCUUGAACCAAAGUGGUUUUCCUCAGUAGUUGCUGUGCCUGUCCGAGCACACAAGUUGCCGUUCACAUUAUCUCGAGUCUCCACUCUGCUAACAAAUUAUUCUCCUCUUCUCCCACCUGAGUCAAACCCUGAUGUUUCUAAUUUGGUGCUGCUGGAUAAGGGUCACAGAAACUUAGCUUUAACAACUUGCUGCUGAAGCUCCUGGUAGAGUUGAGCUGUUGAGAGGCCUGCAUGCUUUCUUAUAGCUUUAUGACUACAUCCUGUGAGAAUCAGGUUUUGUGGUUCAGACCCUCCUGUCAAGAGGGCUCAACUAUGUAAAUCCAUACAUCUGAUCAUCAGAUUACAUACCACACAUCCACUGAGCGCCACCUUUGUGAACCAGCAUGUAAUGAGAAUGUGCUGCUCCCCGAAUCUGUCUGUCUGUGGACUGAACCUGCCAAAUUAUCUUACCCAACACGCUGCUGGGAUAAGUACUGUUGUGUGCUACACAUUGAACUGGCUCUGAACUAAAGCCCAAACAAAAGUAGCAUUGUUGUGCUGCAAAAUGAAUUACCAGUGACGACUAAAUCACUGAGACUGUACGCAGUGAAAUUUGUCCACGUUAUCCUCAUGUACUUCUUUUCUGUUGUUGAAUUAUUUUGACUGAAUAUACCUCAGCAGCACUUAAACACAAGGUUCACCUUUAGACAUUUCUGUGUAUAGAACAGUGUAGAAUGUAUAAGUACUGUCUGGCUCGCCAUUCAAAGUUUAUACUGAUGAACCAUACAUAGGAACCAUACAUAAAAGGACAACCUACUACUGCUAUUUUCUAGUACUACUAUUUAUGGGGUAUUUCCAGGUUUAAAUAUUAUUUUGAUCCUUCUUGCCAAAGUAAUAGCCUUUCUCUUUGCAGCUAGGCCGGUGUCUGGCUGCUGUGUUGCUGGUUUCCCUCUUUGAGGCCACGAUGGGCCUAAGGACUCAGUCCUGUUCCAGUGCUGUUUUAGUUACUUAAGAGUUAAACGUGUGCUCGCAAGAUGAACCAGUUGCCAUCGGCAUCAUAGGAUGUUACUGAAAUAUUUAUCUGAGGAAAGACAUAUGAAUUAGAAUUAACGAUCUUUUCUUAAUUCUAUACAUAUAAAUAUAUAUAUAAACACUUGUAAGAUAUUCAUAUUUUAUAUUCGAACCAGUAUGUUAUCAAGACUGAAUGUAGUGUUUAUCAUGCUUACUCAAAAGUCUCCCCUAAAUCUUCCUUUUUAUUAUUGCAGAAUAGCAUUUUUCUUGAAAUCUGUCAAGACCAAAAAAAGAAAAGAAAUCUCAGACCACGCCUCAGUGGUGUGUGAGUCACUGACACCUGUGUCUGUCGUGGACCGACUGGGUCUCUCCACCAGGGGGGCCUCCCCGGGCCCUCCAUGGCAGACGGGUCCUGUGGUUGGUCGGAGAACAGAGACUCUGAAGCAUCUGAUCUUAAUCUUCUAAUAGAUUUUUUUUUUUGUUGUUGUUGUUUGGUUGAGUCAUUGUGGACUUGAUUUGCUGUGCUGUUUUUAACAAUCAAUUUAUUUUUUUUAAUAUUACUUUAUGCCUUUAAUUGUUUUGUAUAGUGUGAGAGGGCAAGAUCACUGGCUUUCUUAGUUUGACAAAGAAAAUUAACAUUAUCAUUUAUGCCUUAUUGUUACGUAGAAGACAUGAGCAUUGUAGCAUUGUUGUUGUAUGUGUGUGAGUGAGAGCACGGUAGGGGCGAGCUUCCUCUCCAGCUCAGCGUUGCGCUCACCUGGUGCAUUGUUUUCACUGAAACAAUACAGUGUACUUUGGGCAUUUUGGAGUGUGGGAUGAUUAUGUUGCUACCUAUGUUUUUUAGGUGUGACAGGUUGAGGAUACCUGUGAGAAAAGCUUUACUAAUAAUUCCAGCAGGUGGGUGUGUGUGCGUGCGUGUGUGUGUCUGACACAGAGAGAAUAGGGAGAACAGUCUGCAAACCAUUAUGGUGCAUUUUUCCCAUCUUCCAUCGGGUGUAUGAGAGCGCGAUGUUUCAAAAGCUGAGACAUGAGAGUUCUUAAGUUUGUGUUUUUUGUCCAGAAGGUGCUCUCUGCUGUUCAACUAAAGCCUUCAACUAAGCCAUUGCCAAGCCAGCAUUUGGUUUAUGCAGAUCAAACAGAGCUGGAUGAAGGCCAUUGAGCAUUGGCUUAAUUAAUUAAUGUUUCAUUUUUCGCACAUUAGUGCAUUUUAAAAUGUAAAUCACAAAUUUUAGAUAAUAAAGUUCAGCCAUUGGCCCAGAAUUUGACAAGGGGUCCACCCCCACUGUACCUAAUAAUAAGAAAGAAGAAGUGAAUCAGUGGAGUACACUGACGUCCAGCCAGAUAAUUAGACUAAACUAUGGCUGCCUCACAUGCAGAGUGGAAUAGUUCCAAAAGACACGAUGUGAUCAUAAAUCAUGGAAAGUUUCUUCUGGUUAUUACAAUAUUAAUAAUAAAUUGACUAUAUCUUUCCUAAAUAUGAAAUAUUCAGGCUGAACCACCGUAGUGCUGGAGUCAACAUGGUGUCGUCCACAGUUUGUGGCUGAUCCAUCGAUUCUUGGUCCUAUCUGUAAAGCAUUUUGAUCUAAAUACAACUGCUUGGCUCUAGCUUGGCUUUAACGCUUUUGUUCCAAGAUUUCGAGGAUGCUCUUGUGGAUUAGUCAUACUUCAGUAUGUUGACCCACCACACUGGUUUGCUGGUUUUUAGUGUUGACAGAGGACGUGUGGAGCACCAGUAAGGCAAAGGAGCUGUUGUAUACCUCAUUUCUAACUCAAGACUGAGUGAAACCUGCUUUAAUCUACUUAAGAAAUAUUAAAAACUAUUUUAAAAAAACAAAAAAAAAAACAUGAAAAUACUCAAACUUGUGUCAUUGGAGAAGCCUGUUCAUACCUGUACUUCAAGGGUUGUUGAAAACGCCACCACAAGGGGGAGACAGAAUACACACCAGUAUUCAUGAAUGUCUGUUUCUUUUUGUAUUUUUUGGUAUUUUUAUGCUGCACACUGACUCAACAUUAAAACUAUUUGUAGUUUAGUAUAUAUUAUUUUCACUUUUCACUUUAAUAUCCCCUUCCUUUUUUAAAUAAAUACAAUCUGUUUAUAAAUAAAGUAGAUAGAUGUGUAUUUUAACACCCCUCUUCCUACAUGUUUGAGCAUCUCUUUGAGUUUGACAAUCUUUUUUUUUUUAAUAUUAAUUCUUACUCUUGACCAGGUACAGGUAUGUUCGUGACUUUUCACGUGACUGUGUGCUGUCACAGCCCGCUCUCGCUUUCCCUGCGGUAACAACAUUAACCAAAGACUUCUAACUUGAUUGUAUAUGAAACGACACCGUCUCACCCAUCCCCGCCUCACUGCUCAGCAUCAAAUCCCAGCUGCACGCUCUCACCCGAGUCCUCGAUUUCAUCUGUAGAGUUUUCUUUUUAUUGCAUGCGAAUGUGUAAACUGCCCCCCUUCCUCCUCCUCCUCUACUCUUCUUCGGCCAAACUCUUGGCCGUGACGGUGCAGCGGUUUCAGUGCCUGUGGGCGGGGAUCGGAGGAGUUGAACAGGGCUGAGCGGGCUUUUCAGACACACAACGUAAAAUGAACCAAUCUGGUGGUAGCUGGGUGAUGUUUGCUAAUACACACUGAGGGUUAAUCCUGUGCACACUGUACAUGCUCAGGACUCAAUGUCUGUAUGUGUGUCUGUCUUAAAGCGCUGUUGCUAGGAUGUUUCCCUCUCCCCCUCCUCUUCUCCUCGCCUCUCUCCCUCUCUUUUCUCUCAAGGACUGUGGUGAAAACACUCUUCCCGCCCAUCACAACGUGUCUGUCUCUUCCACAUCUAUACACUGUAGUCCCAGGACAUACCUCUGUUCUCUCCAGGAAAAAGAAAAAAAAAACACACAUCCCACUGUCACUCGAUUCCACUCCUCCACUCCUUUUCCCUCUUCAUUCUCACUCUCUCUCCUUUGACAUCGUCUCUUCACUACAGACUCCGAUUCAGCUGUGACACUAUGCAUCAUGGUCCUUCACUCUGCGUGGACUGUGUCCCGUCCGGCUCAGACCCCACUCCGGAUCUGACCCACGGGCUUCAGUGACACUUUGUUUAAUGCUUUAUUCCGAGUGAGGUUGUAGGAUCUCACAAGCGCUAUCCCAAAGCAAAAAUCCAAAUAUUUAACUUUUGACAAAUGCAGAUACCAAAGAAAUCUCUCUGUCCUGUCUCUGUCUCUGUUUUCUCUCCCUUCCACCCUGCAGCAUGUGUAUUAAGAGACAAACCCAGCACUGGCUUUAGUCCUAGCCUCAGUAAUUCCAAAGCUUAGAUGUAUAUUUUGGUAUAUUUCUGAGAAAAACUUGCGUGGAAACGUCUGUUUAACUUUCUCGUUUGUUUGUUGUAAUCUCUUUUUUCUGUCACAGCAUGGAACUAAUUGCAGAACUGUCUUACUCUUGGUAGGUUAAAGAUAAUAGUAUUUUUGUAUGUUUUGGGGUGUCAUGUGUGUGAUAUCAGUUCACAGCCCAAGUGACCAUUGCUUUCAACAAGAAAGGAAAAAAAAAAAAAAGAAUAUGCCAACCAUGUACAUAUGACGUCUGUGUAUCUCAAGAAAUGCAUUCUGUAACACAUUUACUACUCCAUGUUUGGAAGCUUGGGCUCUUCGUAAAGGAAUGUGUCCCCAUUUUUUCCCCCCCUUUUUCUUACUCUGCAGUCUAAUAAUAUUCAUCAACUUUUCCAGAGCUCGAAUGUAAAGAGAUCUGGUUUCCAUUGUGGACAAGAACACUGAGGGACACUGCUCCGAUCUGACUACAGAAAAUAAUAAAACAAACAAACAAACAAAAAAAAAGACCAAAAAAAAAAAAACAUAAACAAAUAAAAAAAAAAAAAGCCUCCAGCCAUGGCGGCAUAGAACUGAAAGAUUGUGUAGGAGUUUUAAGUAUGUGAAUCAGGAUACAUAGUAGAUUUUGAUGCAUUUGUCUGCUGUAUUUUUGUUUGUUUUGUUUUUAUACACAUAUAAAGAUAAUCUUUUACUGUAAAUGUACAGUUCUCUUUUGUUGUAAACAUCAUUAAACCAUUUUCCAAGUG